GCACACACACACAGUUUCCACUGUUUUUCAGCCUGCAGAACUUCUGACCAACGGCUGCCUCUGAUGAGUGAGGACAGCGUUCAGGCGAGCAAGAACAUGGUGACCACUGACACCCACCAGAACCAGGAUCUUCUGGUCCCUCCCCAUGUCCAAGAGCUGGAGGACCAGCUCAAAGAACAGGAGAACCAAGAGAACCAGGAAAAUCCUAUAGCAGGCCUGAUUGGAUUGGACCUAGAGAAAAUGGGCCAAGGCCCUGUCAACGCCAUCACGGUCCUCACUUUGCUGGAUAAACUGGUCAACAUGCUGGACGCCGUGCAGGAAAACCAGCACAAGAUGGAGGGGCACCAGGUGGAGAUGGAGGGCGUAGUCAGGGGGAUCCAGGCCGAUAUGAUCAAACUCUCCAAGAGUCACAGUCACACCUCCAACACUGUCAGCAAACUGCUGGACAAGAGUCGCAAGCUUUCUGUCACCAUGAAGGAGGUACGAGAAAGGAUGGAGCAUCAGGGCACGCAGGUUAAGAAGCUGGAGGCGAACCAUGCCCAUCUGAUCAACAGGAACAACUUUAAAGUACUCAUCUUUCAGGAGGAGAACGAGAUCCCCUCCAGUGUCUUUGUGAAGGAUCCUCCGCCGUUCCCUCGUGAUGAAAUUCUGGAAGAAGGGGAUGAAUCUGGUGUUGUCGAAGGCAAUCAGCCCUCGCAGGUUGGGCUCCAAACCAUCGAUCUGUCAUCUGAUGAGGAUGUGGGUCUGGAGGGGGAUCUGGAAGAGGAGAUGUGGCCUCAAGACCUUGAGAACAUGGAGAAGUCCAGAGCUGAGAAGCUAAAACUCUCCAGUUUGAAGAAGGUUGACAGCCUGAAGAAGGCUUUCUCACGACAGAACAUAGAGAAAAAGAUGACGAAGAUCGGAACAAAAAUUGUUUCUGCUGAACAACGAGAGAAAAUCAAACAAAAAACAGCCAGCCUCAAGGUUUCCCCCGUCAGCUUCGGCAUCAAGAAGCCUCGCAGCAACUCUGCCUCACAGCCUCCUGAAGAACAUUCUGCCCAGAUUGAAGAGGGCUCUGUCACGGAGGACCACAUUCAACUCUCCCCUGUGGGCAGUGAGGAGCAGGAGGUCACCUUCACGGAGAUUCACAAUGAGCUGGCCCCGCCGGAGCAGCAAGAGAAGGAGCAAUCAUGUGCGGAGGUCAGUGGAAUAUCUGAAGGAGUUUGUGAGGACUAUGCUCUGUCCACCACUCUGCCUCAGGACCAGGAAAACAAGGAGGAGUCUUCAAUGUCACUUCAGGAAUAAAAGAUUGAGCACAUUUAGAGCUGAUUUAUUAUUAACACAAACACACUAUCUGUUUUGAGUUGGUUAACAGAGGAGACUCUAGCACAAAAACACUGGAGGGGACCUUGUUUCAAAGUAUUCAUCUACUGUUGACUGAAGUAUGUUCACCCAGAAAUAGAAAGGUUUACAUUUUUGGACCCCAAAACAUUUAACUAAACUUAAUAUGAGCACAUUCCAUAUUUAUCUAUCAAGAAAUUAUUCAUCAGCAAAUGUAACAGUGUGUGUUUAUUUUAGCCUCACUUCAUGCUAACUUUUCAAUGGCUUACGUAGCUGCUGCCUAACCACACAGAACUAGGCUCAUUAUGAUCAACCAGUUUGAAAAUGUAUCAAACGGACUGGUUCUGAUGGCUUUGACUAAUGCAGUAUAACACUUUUCUUUUAUGUUAAAAAACUUCUGCAACCAAAGAAUAUGCCCUUUUAACAGAACCUAACAGACAUAGAUAAAUAAAAGUGCAUCACAUGAUUUCCUGUCCCUGGUUUAAUUAAGGAUGAAAAAAUACAACAAAAAUAAAUAACUUUUCAAAAUCAAA